AUGGCGCACCUGGAGGUAGCACUUCACGAUGGGCUUGUUACCUCAUCUUUGUCGCAAGGCUCCCGUAGCCGAGUAGACAGAAGACGACCCCUCCUGGUGGACAGCGCUGCAAAAGCUUCUGACGGUAGCCAGCUGGCCUCCGGCUACUUUAAGCUGUCGCGGUGCUUGGUAUGCAGCCUCACAGCCAUCGGCACGGCCGCAGUGCGGCGGCGCCGCGGAGACCGAGAGACAAGCGAGGUCAUUUCCCGGCCUCGGAGGCCGCGGCGAGACGGGCGAGAAGGAGCUUUCCGCGGAAGGGCGUCUGAGCGCUGGAAGUCCGAAACCGCCAUGGCCAUGGAGUUUGGCGGCGUGAGGGUAACGGGAGCCGCAGCCGAGUGGCUAAAGUCACAGAUGGAGCUGGGAGGUGGGACGUUUGAGCCAUCACCCAUUCAGGAAGAGGCUAUGUCGCGCAUCUAUGAUGGCGAGUCUUGCUGCAUCCACGCUCCCACUGGAACGGGCAAGACACUCUGCUACCUGCUUCCCCUGUUGCAGCGAUUCACGGAAGAGGCAAAGCGAGCACCAGCUCGUGGCCUUCGCUUCCUCAUUUUGGUUCCGACGGCGGUCCUUCAGGUGCAGACAGUCGCUCUUGCCCGUGCGCUACUUGGACCUGGCAAAGCGGAAAAUGUGACUCUCAUGCGACGUGAUGCAGACAACACAUCAGAGCCCAGCAACAUCGUCGUGGCCACGCCACGUCACAUUCGAGACUUGUUGGAUGAGCCCAUGACGCAGCCUUUGUGGCUGCGAGCCUUAGGCCAGCUCGACUGGGUCGUCGUAGACGAGGCCGAUCAGCUUGUGGACAAGUGGCAUCGGGUACAACGCCAGAGAGCAAGCCGAGAGGGCCGAGUCCUCCCCGCAGUGGCUCUGUUGAAAGAGAUCGAGUUGCAGACCACCAAGGCCGGUCGUCGCGACGAGUGGCAGCUCGUGGGUGCAACUGCCACCCUCAACCGCAGAACGUUCCGCAACGUCAAGUACAGUGCUGGCAUCGACCUGGCACUGAUCCGCGCUGCUGGAAGCACAAUCCCAGAGGUUGACGAGCAGGAAACUGGUGGACAGUAUGGGGAUGGCACAACCGGCUGGCCAGAGAAGCUACGUCAUCGAGUACGAGUUCCCAUUCCGUUUCGCUUUCCCAAGGUGAUGUCAGUAGCUGCCAAGACCAUCUACGAGCUGGAGGCAAAACGGGUUCUGGUGGUCCUUGCUACGACCGGGCGAGGAGGCCGAGCUCCGUCAAGCGUGUACGGCCGCAGCUUGGUCUUGAGCCAGCUGCGCUUUCGGCUGGAGGACCUUGACGACAUGAGCGAGCAAGGCAGACAGGACGACGGGAGGCCACGGGGCAGGUUUUUUCAGGUCAUCAGCCUCUCCGAAGCCAUUGAGGCAGCAGCGAAGCUGUGGUCCAGCGAAGGAAGUCGACAGAGGGUGCGCGACGAAAGGCAUUGCCAGGUUGUCGUGGCCGCAGCCCAGGAGAUUCGGGGCAUGCAUUUGGACUUCAUCGACGCUGUCGUGUUGAUUGGCGACCCAAACAACAUCAGCGACUACAUGCAUGCUGCCGGCCGCACCUGUCGCUACCAGCCCGGAUCAGCGGAGCCCUUGGAGGGCACGGUGGUGUCCAUCGUCGAGGACUCUGUCGCCAACAAGAUGAUGCAAUGGUCCAACUUGUCUGGUUUCAAGCUGCUCGAGGUUCCGAUGAAGCUGAAUGUCAAGACUGGGGAGCCAGCGGAGAGGCUGCUGACGAGGCGGCAGAGGCAGGCUGCCGCUGAGCUUGGCGAGGCUCUGAAGGAUUUCGACGACGACAUGGCAGAAUGGUACGAGUACGACGAGCCAGAGUACGAGCCAGACUUCAGGGAGGCGGAGCAAGAGCCAGCCAUGUCUCCUCCGUCAGUCGAGCUCUUUGUUGUGUCGGACGACGUGGCGGAAAGCCAUUUGCAUUCGCCCUCUGGCUCUGAGGAAAAGUCCACGGCUGGAGCUGGCUUGCACGAUCUGGGAUUGAAUUUCAGAAGUAUGCAAGUCUUUGUGCGGCUUCCUUCGAGGCUGGACCAGUACGGAGUUCUCCAUGACGGAAGGGAGCUGCUCCCGGAUGUCAAGGAAUGCUUGGACCAGCUUCAACGACGAAGCAUUCCCAUGGCGAUCGUGUCGAACUCGCCCUGCGAAUCUGCCAGGGCCGCCUUGCGCUUGGAGCGCAUUGGCUUGAUGAACGAAUACUUUCAGAGCCUGGUGACAAGCGGUGACCAAGCGAAGCGCUACCUGGAGAAGCUGAUCAGCGAGGCUGCGCCAGUGAGGUUGAGCUGUCUUUUCAUUUCGCACGCAGAUCACGUGGAACGUGGCACGUGGUCACCGGAAGAGCUGCGUUCGAUGGGCCUUGAACUUGUCGCAAGUGUCGACGAAUGCGAUUUUGUUUUGGCAAACGGCGUGCAGGUGUGCUACAAGGGAACACUGUCGGAAGUUGAAUCAGGCUACGAAUCCGACGCGAAUAAAGAAUCAUCUCACGUCGCACGUCACACAACUAUGGGACAAGAGAUCACAAGAUUCGGCGAUGAGUGUAACUGCUUUGUGGGCUCGGAGCCAGAUCGAGAGCCUGCCCAGGCUCCGAGGACAGUGGACCCCGUGGCGAAUUUGGUCACCAAGGAGUUUCCGAAAACCGUUCUGACGCCGCCACCUCCAACUUCCACCAAGUCGCACCAGGAGACUCUGCAAGGUAUUGAGGAGAAGCUCAUGCAGAUACAGAAGUCGGGCUUCCAUGUGCCAAUGAUCUUCUUGUGCGUUGCAGGGUCAUCCAAUCCACAGGCUGUACAAUCCGUACAGGUUCCGGAGGUGAUCGCCGAACGCUGGAUCCGAGUGGUUCGCCUCAUGUUGGAGCUGCAGCAGCCCAUUUACGGCAUGGCAACGGGCACCAUGAGCCCUUUCGGCAUCAUGCUGCUUGAGGCAUGCGAUUGUGUCCUCGCCGACACUUUGCAGGAAGGAGUGCACGCAAACAGGAUUCUCAAGCCAUUGGAGAUGGCCCUUGUCUGCAAGGUUGCAGCAGAAGAAGCGGAGUCUAUGAACGAUGCCCAGCUCGUGGAGCUCAAAGCCAAGUUUGUGCGUGACAAGCUGUAUGCCUACAAUGUGAAUCCAUGGAUGAGUGCUGAGGAGGAGGAAGGCUUCUUCGUACCACCGCCGCCACCACCGGACCCGGAGCCGUACCAGGCCUCCGAGGAACCGCCCUCGGCCGACAAGGCUCCUGAGGCUCCUCAGGCUCCUGCUGCUCGACCUGCGCCUGAGACGGCGAUCGCAAAGCCGAAGCCGGCCUCGUCGAAACCGAGCGCAAGCGCAGCGAGCCCUCCGGCUGCUCCCCGCCCAGCAAGCGCCAAGCCGAAGGCGAGAGCCGAAGGCGCAUCCGGCACCAUCAACUUCGAGGCCAUGCUGCUUGACUUGGAGGGUGCUGAAGAGGCAGCCUUCACUGCAGCUUUCCAGAGUCUGUCUGAUGGUCGGACAGCGCUACAACCUGACCACGAUCAGCUGAGAAGCUUCAUCUUGGUGAACAGCGGUAUCGGUGAACAAGACUUGGACACCGAGCUGCUGAAGAUUGCAUCUGCGAGGGAGGACUUUUGCAUAGACAUCCCGGGCUUCAUUGCCCUAUUGCGGGAACAUCCAGUGAGUGAUUCUGACACAUUGACACUGUUCAUGAACGUCUCCAAUGAUGGUGAGUCUAUGACAUCCGAGGACUGCCGGACGUGCCUGCUGGCAUUGGUGGCUAAGCUCCCAGAUGCACAUAUCCGGGAGGACCGGAUGGAGAAGAUCUUCGAUACGGUAAUGACAUCAGCAGACCUGUCUAUAUCCAUGGAGCAAUGGAUGGCCUUUGCAAAGACAACGGCGAGGAUCAUUCGAUUGAUGGCACAUGCCAAGACACGCUAG